AUGGAUGCCGCCAGUCAAGGUCUCUGUAGUUCUAUUCACGUCACCUUCUUUUGUCUUCUGGUCUAUUUCAUAGCCCUACUCCAUGGCAUAGGAGUCCUCAUGCCAUGGAAUAUGUUUAUCACCAUAGCUCCGCAGUACUAUGUGGAUUACUGGUUUUCCCCAAAUAAUACACCAACUGAGUAUUCAAAGAAUUUUAUGAGCACAUUAGGGAUUGCAUCGCAAUUACCUAAUGUGCUGAUUAGCGUCAUCAACACCUUUGCUGCAAUAGGCGGUGCUCUGCUUCUCCGCAUUGCAGGCCCUAUCGUUGUAAACUGCAUCAGUGUUUUCGCAGUUUUGAUGUUAAUAUCAUUUGUUCCCCCAUCCGAAGACGCUAUGGGCUGGUUCUACAUCGUUACAUUGGUCAUCGUAGCUAUAAUGAAUCUUGCCAAUGGCCUUUACCAAAACUCUACCUAUGGCCUUUUCGCUGAUUUUCCGGCAAAGUAUACCAAUGCUCUUGUGCUGGGAAACAAUGUAUGCGGUACUUUCAUCACUGUGCUAUCGAUAAUCGUUACCAUGCGUAGGUUUCUGAUACUUUUGGAAUGCGAAGGAUUCCAAACUGUUGUCAUAUCUGACGUGCGAUCAAUCGCUAUCACCUACUUCGCCAUAUCUCUUUUUAUACUCAUCUUAUGCGGUUUAUCGCUUCUAGUUCUCGUUAAACAGAAAUUCUACACAUAUCAUAUUGAAAAAGGGAACGCAGCAAGGGCUCAGGCGAAUGCAUCAAAACCAGGAUUAUCGCAGUUUCUCGAAUGCUUUAAAUCGCAGAGUUCCUAUUCCUGA